UGGUGCUUCAUCAUCCAUGAACUUCACCACCAGGAUAUCAGAAAAUGGAUCCUCUCCCUCAGAUCUAACACAGGAGGACGUAGAGAGUCUACAGAUUGAACUAUCAAAGAUGGAGGAUGAGAUUCAGACCCUGCGGCAGGUUCUGUUGGUCAAAGAGAGAAAUGCCGCAGACAUCAGGAGGCAGCUGGGAAUGAGUCCUCUCAGCAACAUCAAACAGAACCUGUCCAAAGGCUGGCAGGACAUCCAGACCUCGGCGCCAUAUCUCUCAGCCUCGGCCACUUUGGAGGACAUCAGCCGCUCCGACAUUUAUGUGAAGACACGGGACAGUCUCUCUCACGCAGGCCAGGUGACAUCUUCCACGCUGUCCACUGUGGGCGUGGCCCUCACCAGGAGACUGGCAGAGAUGAGGUAUCCUCGGGAUCGACCCCGGAUCCAACCUCCUAAUUUCCAACAAGAAAACAAAACAAAAAAACUGUUUUAUUUGUUACAGAAAUGAUGAGUAGAAAAACUAAAUGAGCAGAGCUUGAGAUCGUAGUUUCUAUCAAACUCUGCAUGUUAAUAGUGCAGAAGCUCCCGUUUGAGAAAAUCUGUCUUUGGCUAAUUCAGACAGACAGAUGGAGUCUCCACAAGUAGACAACAUGUCAGGACGAUGGUUUAAAAUGCAAACUGGAAGAGCAAACUAAUACAUUUAACAAAUAUUCUAAGAGAAAAUAAUAUAAUAAAACCACGUUUUGUCUUUCAGAUUUCAUUACUUUUUGUUUCUGUCUGCAUGGAGCUGAACAACAGAACUAAAACAUUGGUUUAAUUUACCAUUUUCAGUGUAAGAACAGCACAGUCACUGUAAUAACUGUUAAUAGCACAAUAGAAUAGGACUUUGUACAUUUAACCAUAUUUUCAUUUGAUAAUCAUAACUACACAGUUAUUUGUAAGUAUCAUAUUAUAUCUCUAACCAGUGUUCAUAUUCUACAUUUUACUGAAAACAACAACACAUCACACUGAGCUGUUUGAGCAUCGAUGCUCUGCAGUGGUGGAAGAAACACUGAGACCUUUUACUUAAAUGAAAGUGCCAAAACCUCAGUGUAGAAAUACUCAAGUACAAACCGUCUGUUCAAAAUCUGACCUGAGUAAAAGUACAGAUUUAGCAUUAAAACAUCCAAAGAGCUAAAACAACAAUGUCAAAGCAUCAAGGAGUAGAAACUACUGAAUUUGUCAACAAAAUAUGCCUAUUAUUAUCUAUUAUUAUUUAUUUUUAUGAUAAUAUACAAUAUAGACAGAGAACUGUAUAAAAAGUUUUUUUUUUUUAAUCAGGAAAACUCAUUUUUAAUGUAAAAUGUACACAAAUGUAUCCAAAAUCUCAAAUUUUACACAAACUUACUACUUAUUAUUUAUUGCCGUUACUAUUUAGGUUAAUUGUACAAAGUAUCAGUCGUUCUGUACUGUUACUGUUAUACAUUUAAUAAAAUAAUUAUGUAUCCAUAAAACUAUGUCACUUAGUAAAAGGUUUAUUUCCAUCAAAGAACAGUUUUCACCACUGACGCUGAAGAACAACAAACAACUACUGAAGAACCAAUUUUUAAAAGGACGCGUGUUUUGAACUCGAAGGCCUCCUCGGCUCGUGUUUUAGUUUAGCGAGUAAACAACCGUAAUUCAAUCACACUAGUACAGCUGGACAUCAGCAGCAGGAGCUGAUGAGUCUGUUGUUCUCAUCCAUGUGGAAACUGUAGUGACGUUAUCUGUGUGUCUGUCUUUAUC